AUGCGUCAUGACCCGGUCCCGCCCCCGGAAGAUAUCAUCAAGGGCAUCGUGGAGGCCGUGUACCUGGAGUGUGUUCCCGACAGGGGAUGCCCAAAGUGCGCAGCUACCAUGUUUGCGCACGACAUGUUGGGCCGGUUGCCGUCGAGGUCUGAGAAAAUCAAGUUUUUUUGCGACUCGCCUCAAGCUGGAUUGUCGGCGGUUGGGAAAGUCAGAGAUGUCCCUCGAGGUGAUGGUACGGCUGGAGUAAGAGGUGGGCAGAUGGUUGGCGGAGAGACGAGCGGGCUGAAAGGAGCGAAGCGGAAACAUGUUGACGAGAAGGACGAAAAACAAGAGCGACGGGCAAAUGAUGGUCGGGACGACGGCGGUAGCGAUGACGAUCUUCAUAUCGUCGGGGAGAGAAGGGUGAAGAACCCCCGUUUGGGGCGUGUGCGAGAUACCCGGAAGCACGGAAGCCAGCUUGAAUCGAGAACGGUCAGCCCAUUCCCUGCUGCGUCGUUGCGAUCUGCAAUUCCGGCGAUUGCGCAGACUGGCUCCAAAACUCCACAGGGACGAGCCAUAUCUUCGUCUGCGUCGUCAGCAGAGGCAAGCGGAGUUUCAGAGGCUCUGCUUCGACGAAAGGCAGAAGUGGGCAUCGCGAUGAUGGCCCACAUGAGUAUGGCGACACAGAACACACACGGGAAGGCGGCCGGUCGUGCAGGGGACAACGGCGGUCCUCACAAGUCAGGCAUAAAAGCCGAAGAGGGGGGAGAAACCGACGCCGCGGGUCGUCAACCGCAGCUACGGCAGAGUUCUAAACCACAUCAUCACAGCAUAGACCUUGCGAGGAAAUCCAGCGUCGAAUCAUCGGGCUCCCAAAGCGAUUCAGUAAGAUCCCCAGUGCCGCCACCGGAAGCCAAGGCGAAAGCCAUUGGCGAACACGUCUCGGACGCGUUCAAACGUCUCGACGCAGCUGUCGCAGUGCGAAAAGACACUCCUCCACGCGGCACUGGCACAGAAGAAGACGGCGAGUUCGGCGUCGAGAUCCUGCGCGCCGUUCGAGACGGCUCCUUUCAGAGCGCCGUGGAGGGAUUUUCCCGCCAACAGUCUGGACCAAAUGCGCCCGCGGCGAGCUCGUCCAAAGUGGGUGGCGGCCGUGACGACAGAAUCGACGCUCUCACCAACACCGUCCGGAUCCUGCGCGGCGAGAAGGCUGCUUUUGUGGACCGUAUCGGGACCCUUCUUGAGGAGAUGGCCGCGGCGACGAAGAAGGAGGCUGAGUUGUUGAGAAGAGUCGCCGAGCUGGAGCAGAUUGUUCAGUCGAACGCGGAGACACCGUGA